GCCGCAACCACUGCCAAGCAUCGAGACUACCCCAUAAUAGUAGUAUCCGUUCUCAUUGGAUGGACUAUCCAACCUAAAUCAACAUACAGGUUUUGAAAACUGGCGUAAGAACGAUGUCAUAUGGCGCCCGGUACGCUAUGGAUGAAGUUGUAUCAACGUGUAUAAGUAGUUUCGACAAAUCGCGACGAUAGCUCACAGAUAACAUCCACCCGCGAGCAAAGUCAUUACAUCCACGGAACAGCAGCACCUCGCUCAUCAUGGCCGAUCAAAAAUCCCACCAAGGAAUCACCGCACCCGGUCUGUCGGAAGCCGACCAGAAUAUCAACAACACCACCGAAGACAUCAGCCACAAAGCAUCCGGCCACAAGGCAAACUUGAGCAACCCUAACACAAGCGAGGAGAGCAAGGAGAAGUCGAGGCAGGCACUCAAGGAGCUGGGCGGCGAGGAGGCUUUUUAUGGCAAGCAAGGCAAGGGCGAAUAGGAUCUGACAAUACGGAUCUCGAUUAGC